UGUGAUUCGUUUACUGUUAUUAUUGAGGUUCCCAUUUGGUUUGGUUGCUUUAAAUGAUAGUCUAACCACAAUACUCUAUUCGUCCACCAUUUGUUGUACUAAAAUUCUGAACUUUGCAAAGGCACCACAUUACUAAUAUUGUGAAGAAUUUUGGGUUCGAAUCUUGUUGCUUGAUUGUGAAUUGAAUUAUGAACUAGAAGAUUGUAGCUAUUUGCGGGUGGCAGCAAUUUGACAGAUGGUUGGUAUUUGCGGGUUACUUUUUGUCUUCCCUCUCUACAUUCAAAGAACUGGAGAUUUGCAUAUAUUCUGAUGAUUUGGUAACCCUAAUCAAUUUUAAUUUUAUAAUUUAUUUACUAUAUACAGCUUAUUCAUUUUACUAAUUCAAAGACAAGUAACCACUCUGAAUCAUACCGAAUGCUUUCAUGUGGAAUUUUAUCAGGUGAUUUCACACGAAGACAUGUUCUGAUUUCAAUUACGCAUGCUUUUACUCGUAUUAUUUCAAAUGUAGUUGAAUUUCAUUUCAAUUUGUUUAUCUUACUUGAUGUAUUUUAUUUGAAGAAAAAAUUCAGAGAAAGAGAAAAAGUUAGGGUUUUGAUGAGAAUAUGACUUCAAUAUGAUCAACUGUGUUGUACACUCAUGAAGAUCAGUUUUAGGGAUUAAAGAUUAAUAACCACUUGAGCUAAAAAAAAGGGAAAUGAAAGGAACAACAUAAUAGAAAGUAUAGAGGCUACUGGAGUGACCAUAGUUUGUGGAACUGUUAUUUGUUAGGUUAUUAAAGAUCAGUUUUUUAUGUUAUUAAAGAUCAGUUUGUUAGGUUCAUAUAUAAUUUCAAGCAAAAUUUCAGAUUUUUGCCUGCGUAUAAUUUCAAUUUGCUUUUCAUGCAUACUUUCAUUAUUUUAUAAUUGAUAUCCUGAAAUCUUGGAAUGAUACGAAUCACUAAUCAGAGAUUGCAAACAAAACUCUGCAAAAUUCAUUGUGAUUAAAGAUCAACAAGGUCCAGUGAUGUAAUGAAAGACGAAGAAAUAUGGAAGGAAGCUUUAUUUUCAGCUGGGAAAAACAUGUAAUUUGUUCGAAACAGGCCAAGAAUUAAUGCUUAUUUAUUAUUGAUCCAAGCAUAGGUCAUGCUGGACACAAUUGGGCCUGAGUUGCAAGUCGAAUAAAACAUGGAAAGAGAUUACUCUCAAGGAAAAUGAGAUGGUUACUUUUACACCAAAUCUAGAACAAGAUGCCACAUCAGAUGUAUUGCCUGUCAAUUUCAACGGUCUUGCCAAGCCUCAAAAAAAGUUACUAAAGUGGCAAAAUCAUUGGGAGGUUCCAGUUCGUCCAAAAGAAAGGCCACUUCUACUCCAAGAAGUGGAAAGAGAAAUACAAAUUGAUGAAGAAGAACAACAAGAAGAGGAACCAACGACCCCUAUUGGGAUACAUAUAUCUCGACAGUCAUCAAUAAGAUCACAUGAAGAACAACAACAACAAAGACAAGCUCGUGGUAAACGAGUCAAUUUCCAAACUAUCGAUGAAGAUGAACCAGUAAGACAACCUUUUCCGGCAAUGCCACCUCCUAGUGGUAGAGCUGUUUCACAUGUGUGGUCGUAUUUCACAAAAGAACCAACCGAGAAUCCAGAUAUUUUCUUAUGCACUUGUCAAAUUUGUGAAAGUCAAGGAGUAAAGCCCUUAGUUGCAUACAAUUUCGCCAGAGGUGGUGGUACGGGAUCUUUUAACAAACAUUUGGUAAAGAAGCAUGGAAUCACAAAAGAAACUCAUGCAGCAAGCGGCAGCGGGACCACAAGUGGAAGUGGAAGCCGACAGACACAGUGGGACAUUCCCAGCACAGAUAUGAUGGAAAAAUGGAAGGCAUAUUUUACCGAAUUUCCUUAUAUUUAUGGAAUCGCAACCAUUUUGGACCCAUGUUUUAAAACUGAGGUCCUUACUAAAGUAAUAGGAUUAUACUACCAAUCGUUAGAUCGCCCGCCUACUGAUGUACAUAAUUAUGUAGGAACAUGUAAAAAAUAUUUAGCAGAACUCUAUGAUUAUUACGCUAGUGUGUAUAAUCCAAAACGCGAUACGUCUAGGCGUGCUAACGUUUCGGCACGUCCCUCUUACUAUAACUCGGUAAUAGCUAAUAUAAUGAGUCAAGAUGAUAGUUUUGUAGGAUCAUCUUCUUCCUCGACCUCAUAUUUAGAACUAGAUAGUUAUCUUAUACACCACUUUGAAAUAGACCAAGGUAGUUAUAAUAUUUUAGAGUGGUGGAAAGAAAAAUCUGUAAAAUUUCUCAUUUUAUCGAGAAUUGCAAAGGAUAUCCUUGCAAUUCCCGCGUCAACAAUUGCGUCGGAGUCUGCUUUUAGUGCAGGUAGAAGAGUUUUGGACGAAAAGAGAUCUCGUCUUGCUCCAAAGAGUAUUCAAAUAUGUGUUUGCAAGAAAGAUUGGGAUCAAGCGGAGAUUCGAACACAAGGACUAAGGAAUGAUGAUGAUCAAGACGACGAUGAUGAUCCAUGGAUGAUGAUGGAUACAUCUGUAUCAUCGUCACGAGGAGAGUCAGCGGAAGCAUCUAACCAACCACAUGAUGAUGACGAAGACGAAUAGGAUCAAUCCGACAACGAUAAAUCAACAUUCAACAACUAUAAAUAAAAGGUAUGACAAAGAACUACGUGGGCUUUGAUUCCUUCGGGAUACGUAGGCAGCUUAGUAUUCCUUUGGGUACUAGGUUCAAGUCCAUUUUCUCCCUUUUUUUUAUUAAUCAUCUUUAUCGGACAUUAUCAUUGAUUCGUUUGUUAUUAAUUUAUUUUUUUCAUUCUUUUUAGUAAAUAUUUCAAUAACGAUGACAACUUGACAUGCAAUGAAUUUCGCUAAUAAUCAAGUAAUCAUCAAAGGUACGUCCGCAAUAUUAUAGUAUUUUUUUAUUAUAUAAAUAUUUAAAGAAAAAAUAAAAAUGGAACAGAUGGUCCGACCCGCCCGUCCCGUGAGUUGGAACCGCCGGAACCGCCUCAUGAACCGCCAAGGAACCGUUUGGAACCGCCCGGAACCGGAACCGUUCGCGACAGGUUCCAAAUGGAACCGGACCAACCCGGACCGUGGCCAUGCCUAGUUGUUGCAUAUUUUAUGUUCGGUGUGAAAUUUAGUUUUAUUUUGCUUGUAGUUUAAAAAAAAAGUACCAUGCCAUAGUGUUCCUUAGAAAGAUUUUAGCUUCAUAUCUUCUAUAAAAUCAAUAUCUUGCAAGUAACCAGAUACACUACUGCACACACAAUCAAAUCAGUAGGUUGCACAUGAUUCUGAGUUCUGGCAGACAGCAUUUUGACUUGAUGAGUUGCUGUUAUUGGAUUUCAACCACUCCAACUAUCUAUAAAAUUGAAGUCUUCACAUAUAUUUAAUCUUAUAAACAUACACACACUCUUGCACUUAAAAAGGUACACAAAUAACUCAAAUUCGUUUUCUCAAAUUUGCCUAAAUACACAAACAUAUACUUGUGCUUUGUUAAUUUAAGUUGUGCUUUCACUUUCUACAAAUCUACAGGAAACUGAUUGCUAUAACUUCAUUCUCAACUUAAUAUAGGUAUGAUUACACAUGUAUUCUUUUAUGUGCUUUUUAAAUUCAACAUAUUUAUUAAUGCCAUUCAAUGAGUGGCUGUUUAAUUUUUAUUGUUCAAUUUCUAUUUACUUAUUUGCUAUUUACAAAUCAUACAUUUGAAUUUUGAACUAUCAAGUAAAAUUAUGUGACUUUUAGUAGUAUAGCUACUACUAAUCCAAAAAGUAUCAUCCAAAGCUUCUUCUCCUUUUGACCAAUUCAGUAGAUAAAUCCAAGUUUCACUAUCCAAUGACUUACAGAUCAUUUAAUUAGAACAAAAAAAAAAAGAUCACUAAAUUGAACACACAUUUUGCGAAAUAAAAUUAAGACAAACUUCUGCUCUUAACUGCACAGAAUGAAUAUACUUUUGCUCUUUUCGUUAUGAUUGCAACAUUCUACCCUUGAAGCACACAAAAGUUAAGAAAAACUUCAAGCUGAUAGAUCAAAUUCCCUUUUCUGCUUUUUCAGCACUUAAUGUAUGUUAAUUGCAUAGCAGAAUUUUGCAAAGUUCAAAUGAUUCAGCCUUACCUGGAAAAUCUAGAAGUUGGAUUAGUGGAUGGGCUGAUGAGUUUGGGGAUUCUGCACAUAGAUUUUGUAACUUCAAGCAUUUUGACAGCAUAGGAAACUGCACACAAUUUUUGUAUGUCUUGCUUAGAUUACUAUCUCUGUAAGCGAAGAUCUAAGCAUUUUCAGCAUCUACUAUAACGCAGUUCGUUUUUAUUAUGCUCUAAUUGAGUGUUCAAAUUAAAUGAAAUAAAUACAAAUCAUUUGUGAUUGAAAUGUGAUCAAAGAUACCCUUGAUUUGUGUUUUUUCCCCUCUGGUUUGUUGUUUGAUCAAGAGUCACUUUGCUCUUGCUUACAACUUGAUUGAAUUGUUUCUCUAUAUUCUUCCAACUUGUGUCUUCCUUAGGUGAUUUAAGUAUUUAACAACAAGCAUAGAUUGCAGUAUGCUGUAUAAUGAACAAGGGCAUAUAGUACUUGAUAGAAAUGAAUGGUACAUGAGAAUAUUUUUGCAUCAUCACAGGAUAUGAAUUUUUUGUUCAUGUAGCCAACCAUAUCAGCUUGGGAGUAACGUUUUCCUUAUUGUUAUUGGAGCUGUUGUAUUCUGAGGGAUGG